ACAGUAAAUAUGCACCAUACUGGUACCAUAGUAGUACUGCAUUGCAUAUUGCCGUGACAGAAAGAGGAUUAGGAUGCUAACAAAAGGCAGAUCAUAGGGUUUAAGGGUAGGUCCCUCAUAAGUAGUACUAGUAUAAGCCAAUUAAUAAGACUCUUUAGCUACAGGCAUCCUGCUUUAAAGCAUGCCGAAACUCCUUCCACUUCCUUCCUAAAACACAACCACUAUCUCUGCCAAAACCAAACCAGAAACACACACCAAACACACAAGACAAGGUAGCAACAACAAUGGCGAGACAUGGCCCUCAAAGCCAUGACCAACCACUCCAAGAAGAGGACUACAUAGACAUGGACCUGAGCUCACCUGCAGCGGCAGAGGCGGUGACUGCCAGUGCCAGAGCAAGCUUGCUCUGCUACAGCACAGCCAUGGCAGCCUCCCCACAAAACUCAAGGGAGUUCGAGUUCCACAUGUCGGCUCCGGUUGACAAGUGGGAGCCCGCGGCAUCACCAGCCGAUGAGCUCUUCUACAAGGGCAAGCUACUGCCGCUCCACCUUCCACCACGCAUCCAGAUGGUCGAGAAGCUCCUCGAGAGUGCAGCUGAGAAGGGCCUCCUCUCCGCGAGCACUGCCCCAGCAACGCCAUACCAGUCGUGCAAUGCAUCACCGGCAAAUUCAUGUUAUGUCAGUGGAGAGCUCAAUGCUGAGCAUUACUUCCACGAGUGCACAUCAGCUGGUAUUGGUGCUGCUGAGGAGGCCGCCGCCUGCGAAAAGAAGCCAUGGUCCAAGAAGCUCAAGUUCAUCAGGCAUCUCAACCUUGGCCUCAAGCUCAAGGCAUCAAAAGCUUAUAUCAAGACAAUAUUUGCCACUAAAGCAGGCAAUCCAGAUGGCAAGACUGGUACACCUAGUGCAAAUGAGCUCUCCAAUGCGCAGUUCAAGUCUUGGAGGAAGAACCCAUUUGGCCAGAUCAGAAGCAACAGGUACAUAGCCUCGCCUAUCAGCAACAGUGUCACACUUGGAGGGAGGCUUAAAGAAGAUGAGUGCGGCCACAGGAGGUCCUUCUCCAGCGUCAUUAUUCGAUACUCAUCAUCAAACAAGACAUCCUCAGCGUCAUCAUCGUCAUGCUCUUCAUCAAAUUCAUCCUCCUCCAUACUAAGCUCCACUGACUCUGGUGUGGGGCCAGUGCUCAGGAGGAGCAGCAGUGCAAGCUCAGAGAUGGACAAUCCAAUCCAGGGAGCAAUAGCAUACUGCAAAAGGUCACAGCAACUGGCCUCGGUGAGAAAGAGUGCAAGCGAUGCAGGUUUCCGUUUCAUGUCAUCAUCAGCGUCAAGGAUAGCUGCAGAGUCUGAAGAUCCAGAUGAUAUAAUUGAGAUUUGCGGACGAUGAAGUGUUUAUGUACAAAUUUAAACACUUUUGCUAAUUCUGUACACUUUUGAUCUUCAGAUACCUGCAGACAUGAUCUUAUAAUGUCCUUCAGAAAAAUUCAAGUAGCUUGUGUAAUUUGUGUAAGAACAAAUAGUUUCAAAUUUCUAAUUCUAAUCUUUAACACCAAAUAGUGUAAGCACUUGGAAUGACUGUCUAAUACCAGAGUGCAGAUUUCCCAUCAACAAA